AUGUCAAGUUUAGUACAAACAAAUGCAUGGAAAAAUUUAAAAAAACUUUAUGAUACUGUUGGAAUUAAUCUUAAUCUUCGACAAUUAUUUUCUAAUGAUGAAAAACGUUUUCAACAUUAUACAUUAGAAAUUACUACAACGGAUGGACUAUUAUUAUUUGAUUAUUCAAAAAAUUUAAUUAAUGAUGAAAUUUUACGUGAAUUAUUUGCAUUAUGUCGAGAAUGUAAGAUUGAAGAACAACGAACAAAAAUGUUUAGUGGAGAUAUAAUUAAUUUUACUGAAAAACGUGCUGUUUUACAUACUGUUUUACGUACACCAAAAGAUGGAAAAGAAGUUUUAGUUGAUGGUAAAAAUGUUUUACCUGAUGUUCAUCGAGUUUUAGAACAAAUGAAAACAUUUUCUGAAACAAUUCGUAAUGGACAAUGGAAAGGUUAUACAGGAAAAUCUAUUACAGAUGUUGUUAAUAUUGGUAUUGGAGGAUCGGAUCUUGGUCCAUUAAUGGUUACUGAAGCAUUGAAAGUAAGAUAG